AUGUGGUUCCUUGUCGGCUUUCUCAUCUCAACGGCAUCAGCCUUUUUGUUUGGCGGCGGGAAUUCGCAGUGUUGUCCGCCAUGCAAUCCGCUUCCGAUCUGCGCCCCUCAACCAAUCUGUCCUCCACCUCCAUUGUGUCUCCCUCCACCCCCAACUCUACCACCAAUAUCAUUGCCGAAAUUGGGUGGUUGCUGUAACUCGUGCGGUGGUUGCAUGAAAAAAGUGAAGCGCUCAAUCGACGAGGAAAUGAUGGAAGAGCCACAAGAGCCACAAAUUGAGGCUACGGAUGCGAUGAUCUCUCGUCGUGAACGCGCGUCUUCGGAUGAUGUUGUAAAGGUUGACGCGAAAUGUAACAGUCCAGAGUUAAGGGAAAUCAUCAUCAAUAAUAUGGAUCGAGUGACUUCAGUGGCGAAGAAACGAAUUCAAACGGCAGCUGAAGAGGAGCUAGGAGCGAGAUUCAACGUGAUUUGUGCUCGUGGUGAUUUCUCUUACAUUACAAACACCGAAUUGUACUGUCAACAAACUGUUGGUGAUGUCACUUGCUAUGUCUUCAAGCAACUCUCCGAUAUUGUUCGAAGCAAACUC